AUGAUUUCCUUUCUGACUUUCCUAGCCUAUAGAGAUACAAGGCCAAAAAGAAAUCCUGUUUGGGGAGAUGAGCUUAUGUUUGGAAAUUGGACAAUCACUUCUACAGAACUAACUUCAAAUUCAACAGGAAGUUCAUACAAUAUUAACUUAAAGCCUCAUCCAAAAGAAGAUGCUCUUAUCGGAGAUCUUAAAAUCACUUCACAUUCUGAAGAGCCAUUUGAAUAUCACCUUAUUUUGAGAUUUAAUGGCACCGACCGCGACACUUUCCAUGUUUUUUACCAAGAAGAUGACUCAGAAAUACAUGUUACAGAUGUUAAAUUGGAUUUCGAACAAAAUAAUCUACUUAACGCAUUUGGCCAGAUUUUAGGGACUAACAUAACAUUUUCUCUCAACAUGCUCACAUAUCUAUGUUUAAAUUUAAUCUUUUACGAUAACAAUUCUAAUGAAAUUACUGUUUAUUCGAUGAAAAAGCCAGAUCCAAUGCCACCAGGAAAAGACUUCAAAGCGUCCAUAUUUACAAUAGCUACGAUAGCAUAUCUCUUCUUUAGAAACAAAAAUCAAACUCAAAAUCAGCAACAAGAAAAUCAAGAAGAGCAACCAACAGAAAACAACAACGGUGAAGAAAACAAGCUACAGAAAGAACAACCUAAGCAAGGAAAGAAAGGAAAAGGUAAGAAACACUAA